UCAUUAAAUCUUUAUUAUCGUUAAUUUCCUGGUUCCUUGCUGGUUUGGAGAGGGAUAUUACAGAGGGCUGGGAAACUUCCUUUCAAGAGAAACAUUGAGUGUCAAGGAUUAUUAAUUGGUGAAUCAUAAGCUGCAUAGCAUUGCAACUCAACAUAAAGAAGAGAAAGAUUUGAUGAUUUGUUAUUCCUCCUCCAUCAUAUCUCUAUUUCCUGAACAAUUUGCAGAGUUCUGGUAAGAAGGAUAGAUGGCAAUUUCAGAGCAAAAAGAUGAGUCUAAGAAGCUGAGAUUGUAUCAAGCAUGGAAGGGAAACAAUAUAUUCUUCUGUGGUGGAAGAUUGAUAUUUGGACCAGAUGUAGCUUCAUUAUCUCUGUCAACACUUUUAAUUGUUGUUCCAGCAAUUACAUUCUGCUGUCAAAUAAUCACAAAAAUCCAUAAUCAUGAGAAGAAGCCUAACUCAGAAGGUUAUGUUCAUGAUCCAAUCCUUGGAAUUCCAGUUCUGAUACUGACAUUACUGAUCACAGUUUCAGAUUUGUAUUUUUUGUUCAUGACAUCAAGUAAAGAUCCGGGCAUCGUGCAAAGAAGCACAUGGCCGCCGGAGGAGGAUGAAGCAUUCAAUGCUCCAACCGCAUCCAUGGAGUGGAUAAGUGGAAGGACACCACACCUGAAACUGCCAAGAACAAAGGAUGUCAUUGUGAAUGGUUUCGCUGUCAAGGUGAAGUACUGCGAGACCUGCAUGCUGUAUAGGCCUCCUCGCGCCUCACAUUGCUCAGUCUGCAACAACUGUGUCAAGAAGUUUGAUCACCAUUGCCCUUGGGUUGGUCAGUGCAUUGGACUACGCAACUAUCGGUUUUUCUGCUUAUUCAUAUCGACAUCAACAUUUCUCUGCAUAUAUAUCUUCUUCUUUUCGUGGCUCAACAUCAUUACAGAAAAGAAACAUCACUCAAAUUUGAUUUGGAAGUCCAUGAAACAUGAGGUCAUAUCGCUCAUUCUAAUAGUGUACAUCUUCAUAGUGGUGUGGUUUGUCGGCGGGCUUACAAUCUUCCAUUGCUAUCUAAUGAGCACAAAUCAGACAACAUACGAGAACUUUAGAUACCGAUAUGAUAAGAAAGAUAACCCCUAUAACAAGGGUUUCUGGAGAAAUUUCAAAGAAGUUUUUUUCUCAAAGAUCCCACCUUCAGAGCAUAAUUUCAGAUCAUGGGUAGAUGCAGAAGCAGUGGAAGUUGGAUCUUAUACCCCAAACAUCAGCAUGAAUCUAAUAAGCACAAAAGAGAAAAUUGACAUAGAAAUGGGCAUUAAACUUGCAACUGAGGUCAACUUGAACAUUCCGAGUAUACUACAGAAUCUUGACUACAGCAGCAUAGAGGAUAAUGUAGAUGUUAAGGUUCGGCAUGACGGCCAUGUAUUUGAUCCUUAUGAUUUCCCUGCUUCUCAGAAGAAUGAUUCUUAUUCGCCAAGAGAUUCUGUUUCAAAAGGCUAUGAAGGUCAGCAUGAAGUGUGUAGAAAUGAAGGGGUAGCUAAGCAAGUUGCACAAACUGUUGAAAAUGUGAUAGCUAUUGAUCAAAUAUGCCCAACUGUGGUAUUACCUCUACAGUAGGUUAUUGCAAUGUUGAGUCAAAUAAACAUUCUGCUUUCUCCUUGAGUUUCUACCCUGCAGCUUCAUCACUGAUCUACAAAAGAAGAUGAUAAAGUCAGUUUAAAUCCAAACUUGUUUAAAUGCGCAUUUCCAAGUUGAGAGGUAGGGAUGACUGCACAAGUUGUGAUGGUAAAGAGUUCUGAAGCACACAACUAUGAUGCUCAUCAAAAGUUGUGGUUUUGAGUAUACUGUCGAACUUCUGGUUGUGUUGUUUGCCAGGAAUUAUUUUUUGUAUGUGUGAAUAUUGACUCCAUUUGUUAAAAG